UGACCCUUUGGACCUCUCAAGAGCUCAUCUCUUCCCCUAGAAAAUGGCCACACGUCUCCCACCUCCCCUUACCUCCUUCGACGACGACGACGACGACGAACCCUUCCGACAACCUCCAUGGCUUCUCUCUCUGUCCGUUUUCUUUCUCCUCAAGCUCUUCUCUCAUCUGGGUCUUCCUCUAAGCCCCAAAGAUCCGUUCUUGCCGCCGCUCAGACGACGGCGCCGGCGGGGUCUGCGGCGCCGGCGGUGGAUGCCGAAAGGAUUGAGCCUAGGGUUGAGGAGAAAGAUGGGUUCUUUGUCCUGAAGGAGAAGUUUAGGAAAGGGAUUAACCCUCAGGAGAAGGUGAAGAUCGAGAAGGAACCUAUGAAGCUGUUCAUGGAGAAUGGAAUUGAGGAGCUGGCGAAGAUGACGUUGGAAGAGAUCGAGGGAGACAAGACGUCGAAGGAUGAUAUCGAUGUUAGACUCAAGUGGCUUGGUCUGUUCCACCGAAGGAAGCAUCAGUAUGGUAAGUUCAUGAUGAGGCUGAAGCUACCAAAUGGUGUAACAACGAGUGCACAGACACGAUACCUAGCGAGUGUGAUCAAGAAAUACGGUAGCGAUGGCUGUGCGGAUGUAACUACAAGACAGAACUGGCAGAUCAGAGGCGUUGUCUUGCCGGAUGUGCCUGAGAUCUUGAAAGGACUGGCUGAGGUUGGGCUAACGAGUCUACAGAGUGGAAUGGACAAUGUGAGGAACCCGGUCGGUAAUCCUCUCGCCGGAAUCGACCCCGAUGAGAUCGUUGACACCAGGCCCUACACUAACCUCCUCUCUCAGUACAUCACAGGCAACUCCCGAGGAAAUCCUGGCGUCACCAACUUGCCAAGAAAGUGGAAUGUAUGUGUAGUUGGGACUCAUGAUCUCUAUGAGCAUCCUCAUAUCAAUGAUCUAGCGUACAUACCCGCCAACAAGGAUGGAAGGUUCGGAUUCAAUUUGCUGGUGGGAGGAUUCUUUAGUCCCAGAAGGUGUGAAGAGGCCAUCCCUCUCGAUGCCUGGGUCCCUGCCGAAGAUGUUCUUCCAUCCUGUAAAGCUGUUCUAGAGGCCUACAGAGAUUUGGGGUUCCGUGGAAAUCGCCAGAAGACAAGAAUGAUGUGGCUCAUUGAUGAACUCGGCCUUGAAGGGUUUAGAGCUGAGGUAGAGAAAAGAAUGCCAGAGAGGAAGCUCAGAAGGGCACCGUCCGAGGAUCUUAUCAAGAAACAAUGGGAGAGAAGAGACUAUUUCGGUGUCCACACUCAGAAACAAGAAGGCCUCAGCUAUGUGGGCAUCCACGUCCCGGUUGGCAGGCUACAAGCCGACGACAUGGAUGAGCUCGCGCGCCUCGCCGACACUUAUGGGUCGGGCGAACUCAGACUUACAGUAGAGCAAAACAUCAUCAUCCCCAACGUGGAAAACUUGAAAGUAGAAGCUCUCUUACAAGAGUCAUUUCUUAAGAACAGGUUCUCACCCGAGCCGUCCAUCCUGAUGAAAGGCCUAGUCGCUUGCACGGGAAACCAGUUCUGCGGGCAGGCCAUAAUCGAGACCAAGGCAAGAGCCAUGAAGGUGACCGAAGAAGUGGAGAGGCUAGUCUCUGUGACGAAACCCGUGAGAAUGCACUGGACCGGGUGUCCCAACACGUGCGGUCAGGUUCAAGUUGCGGAUAUCGGGUUCAUGGGAUGCAUGACCCGGGAUGAGAACAGGAAGCCCUGCGAAGGGGCCGACGUAUUCGUGGGCGGAAGGAUAGGGAGCGACUCUCACCUGGGCGAGGUUUACAAGAAGGGUGUUCCUUGUAAAGACUUGGUCCCUUUGGUUGCAGAGAUUCUGGUGAAUCAGUUCGGUGCUGUUCCCAGAGACAGGGAAGAAGACAACGAUGAGUGAUGUCUGAUAAUCUCAGUUACACCCAUGAGUAACACAAUAAAAUGGAGACGAAUACAGCAGUUCUGUUUUUUUUUUCUCUUUUUCUAUGCUUUCUCUGUAAUUUUUUUUUUUUUUUUUGUUAAUGUAGUGUAAUACCGAUUUUUUUCUUGUCAUUAUGCUUAUCUUUUCCGUGGAAAGAUCCUGAAUUUCUCUAACAA